UGCCAGCAGGUUGGGGUGGGAGUGAGGCGGCCCUGGGGGGAGAGGUCCCUCCUGGGGAGCCGCAGCCCCGGUGCCUCGGGGACUGAGCUGUCCCGGCGGGAUUGUGCAAACCCCCAGCCCUGGGAGCUGAACUCGCUCCGUAUGUCGGCGCUGCACUUUGCCCCGCGGCUGCGGUGACCUGCCGCGGGCUCCCGGGCAGGUUUAAAGUCCAGGCAGAGCGGUGCCGCCGUCCCCGCGCACGGCAGCCCCUGCCCGCCGCUCCUGCCGGGGCACCGCGGCUGCAGCAUGCGGCUGCUGCUGCGGGCAGCGCUGCUGUGCCUGGCCCUGCCCCUGGGCCGCUGCGAGCAGGAGGAAGCGCCCGACAGCAGCGGCCACCGGCACCCCCAGGCACAGGCAUCCUAUUCCGACUGGGGCAUCGACACCAUCCGCGAUGGCUUUGAAGCGGUGAACAGCUACUUCGACUCCUUCUUGGAACUGCUCGGGGGAAAAAACGGAGUCUGUCAGUACCGAUGUCGAUAUGGGAAGGCUCCCAUGCCACGGCCUCACUACAAACCCCAAGAACCCAACGGCUGUGGCUCCCAUUUCCUGGGGCUCAAGCUGGACUUGGGCAUCCCAGCCAUGACCAAGUGCUGUAACCAGCUGGACAUUUGUUAUGACACCUGUGGGGCCAACAAAUACCGCUGCGACGCCAAGUUCCGCUGGUGCCUCCACUCCAUCUGCUCCGACCUCAAGCGCAGCCUGGGCUUCGUUUCCAAGGUGCAAGCCUGUGAAUCCAUGGCAGACACGGUGUUCAACGCCGUCUGGACCCUGGGCUGCCGGCCCUUCAUGAACAGCCAGAGGAGCGCCUGCAUUUGCAGCGAGGAGGAGCGGGACGAGCUGUGAGCAGCAGCAGCAUGGACUGGGAGCUGCUGCGGCAUGGACUGGGAGCUGCAGCAGGAUGGACUGGGAGCUGCAGCAGCGGGAUGGACUGGGAGCUGCUGCCGGAUGAGCUGUGAGCAGCAGCAGCAUGGAC